AUGGACUUGAGUUAUUUUACUACUCUAAGGCAGUACCCUGUAUCAAGAAUGAUACGGUGGCUGCAGAAUCGUUCGCUUCUAGCGAAUCCUCUUCACUGCGGCGCUUGUCACGAGGACAUGGUUAUGGUUGGGAGAACCGAUGGCCACAUCGACGGUUAUCAAUGGUUAGUUGCUGCAAUAAGUAUAUUAUAUGUGUACCAUAUAUUUUAUUCACGAUUUCUCUUUUGGAAGGUCAUAUUUGGAGCUUUAGUUACGCUAUAAAGGAAGGCCGAUAAGUGUUACCUUCAAAGUUCGCCUUAUUACACUGCUCGGAGUUCAGAAAAACGCUUAAUUUUACCUUAUGUAUGUUUUUGAGAGUUGAUUUAGUACAUGGUCGAAGAUUACUUCAAAUUCUGCAUUACUGGGGCAAAAUUUAAACUGAUGGAGUAGCAUAAAAAAUAUCACAAGAAUUACAAAUGGGGUUGGACUGCCUAGGAGUUAAAUUUUCACUAAAAGUUGAUAACAUUCCUCGCUUUGGAGGAGGCGCGAGACACGCGAGUUCGUGUGAACUUUGAAAAAAUUAACUUACGCAAAUAUUUCCCUUUCUGCGUCCUCUAAAGGCUUUCGUGCGCGCUUAAGUCUGAAUCGUUUCAGAAAAAAAAUACUGUUUCAGUACAGGCUCGUAAGAAAAGGCAAAACGAAGGUUUUAAAUUAUAAAAGUAAUUAAUAAUUUACACUUCCGUUAUCUAUUCUUUUUUUAACUUAAGGAGAUGCAGGACAUGCAAGAAAAAGCGAAGUUUAAGGGCCAAUAGCUUUUUCGCUGAAUUCCCCAAAAUUCCUCUGGGGAAAUGA